AUGACGGGCUCCCAGCCUGAAUCACCAACGGAUGCGCCCCAGCGCCCCUUUAGCGGCAUCAUGCGUACACCCAGAAGCAACAGUCGCUUGAGCAUGAGUAGUAAACAUGGCGGAGGAAGUCGGGCAUCGGAUGAGGAUGGCAAGACUGCGGUCAAAGUUGCCGUCCGUGUGCGCCCGCCGCUGAAGCCAGACGACCCAGGGUACGAAUUGGUUCCCCAACGGUUUCAGCGCCCGAUGGUGCACGUCAUGAACCCAACCAGUGUUGCCAUCGAUGUUCCUCAGGGCCGGAAACUGUUCGUCUUUGAUCGAGUGUUCGCCGAGACGGUCGACCAGGACGGUGUUUGGGACUACCUCAGCGAUAGUGUGAGCUCGUUCUUACAGGGGUACAACGUCUCCAUCCUGGCCUAUGGCCAGUCCGGCGCGGGAAAGUCUUAUACGAUGGGAACUUCCGGUCCUAGCGAACAACAUGACCCGAGAUCUAUGGGAAUUAUUCCCCGCGCUGCCCAACUUCUCUUCGAGAAACUAGAGGGGCCACCGAAACCGAAUCGCAACAGCGGUACGGGCCUUCGUACCCCCUCUCGAUAUUCCAUCAGCUCCACCUCCAGUUUCGGAAAGGCCAGCGCGGAGAAGAAUUGGCAGUUGAAAGCCACUUACGUUGAAAUUUAUAAUGAACACUUGAGAGAUCUCCUCGUCCCCGAUUCGACACCUCAGAGCGACCGUGGUACGGUCACGAUCCGCGAAGAUGCGAAAGGCCGCAUUAUUCUCACUGGCUUACACCAGGUGAACAUCAACUCAAUCGAGGACUUGAUGGGCGCUCUGAGCUUCGGCUCCUCUAUCCGGCAGACCGAUUCUACCGCCAUCAACGCCAAGUCUUCUCGAUCGCACGCCGUAUUUAGCCUUAACCUCGUUCAACGGAAGUCAGCCAAUGGGGUCAUGUCCCCGACGCCCAAGGAUAAGCGGAUGUCGAUGCCAGUGGAGAUGUUGUCCGGAUCUGACGCCUCCGUCAUGGUGGAUAGCAAGCUGCAUUUCGUUGAUUUGGCCGGAAGUGAAAGAUUGAAAAACACCGGGGCAUCUGGAGAACGGGCCAGAGAGGGUAUUUCGAUCAACGCCGGUCUUGCCGCAUUAGGCAAGGUCAUAUCACAGCUUUCCUCUCGUCAGGCCGGGGCUCACGUUUCCUAUCGCGACUCGAAGCUCACCCGUCUGCUCCAGGAUUCGCUGGGUGGGAAUGCCUAUACGUACAUGAUCGCUUGUGUUAACCCUGCAGAGUUCCAUCUCAGCGAAACUGUCAACACGGUUCAAUACGCGCAGCGAGCCCGAGCGAUCCAGAGCAAACCUCGCAUUCAACAAAUUGCCGACGAAAGCGACAAACACGCAGUCAUCGAGCGAUUGAAAGCCGAAGUCGCUUUCUUGCGUCAACAGCUCCGUAACGCAGAAGAGAACGGCCGUCGAAGUGCCGCCCCACAAGACCGGGCGGAGCGGCAGAAUGAGAGGGAACUUGAGAUCCAGAACCAGCUCCUUGACGUUCAGGAGAGUUACAAUGCGCUUAGCCAGCGUCACGCAAAAUUAAUCUCAGAGAUCGCCAGGGGCUCCGAACAAGCUGGUGAGACAGACCCUGAGGAUGUGGCCAGCCUAGUCGGGAAGAGCUCCGUCGAGAGACUCAAGCGGUCGCAGUCAUUUGCGGAGUCGAUCGAACAGGUCGUCCUUGAGUACGAGAAGACCAUCCAGAGUCUCGAGUCAUCGCUGUCCAACACCAGAUCCUCUCUGUCUGUAACAGAAAGCACGCUUCUAGAACGCGAGACCAAAUGCGCCUACGUUGAAACCGUCAACUCCCAACUGCAGUCUCGCAUUCAGAAGCUCCUAGAUCGCGAGAACAGCACAGAAACCUACCUGCAUGAGCUGGAGUCGCGACUCGACGGCCAGUCCACUGGUGAAGAAAAGCAAGCGGCCAUUGUGUCGGAACUGCGUAAAGAACUGAGUCGUGCCCGUGAAAGUGAAGCGAACUGCGAAGACUACAUCUCUACACUAGAGGAGCGUCUGGCGGAAGCAGAUCAAGACAUGGAACUGAUGCAACGGGAGAUGGAACGCAUGGAGCAUGUCAUUGAGCGCCAGCGGAGCCUAGGGAAGCUCGAUAACCUGCUGUAUGAGCUCGACCACGUCCAGCAGAACGGCACCCAGAGGGACCAGUCUGACGAAGAAUUCGAGGCUCAUACGCCAGUUCCCGUCAAGGGUGCCUACAACCCCCGCACACGCGCAACGUCUCUCUCGCUCGAUGUUCUGACCGAGGCAGUUGAAACUGCCAUUCCCGAGUCUGACGAGGGUCUGGCUGAACCGGUCUCGGAGACUGAAAAGGAGGCAUCCGUGGGAGCAGUACCAGGUGCUGAAACGGAUGAGACUGAUCUGAAGGCACUGGAAUCAGCUACCGACAGCCUGGAGCCCAAAGUGAACGGUGUCGUCGAGAGUCGAGCCUCUAGUCCGACUCAAUCUAAUGUUGUUGCUGAUAAGCUCGAGACUGUUACGCAGGAGCUUUUCGAUUUGCGGAUGCAGCACGAGUCUACCAUGACUGAGUACGAAGCCCUCGAGGCCAAGUAUGAGGAGGCUAUGAAAGCCCUUGCGGAGCUCCAGCGGGAUGCAGAAGACGAAGCGCGCCAUCCGGCCUCAAAUGUUCAGGACCACCUCUCCGCAAACGCCCCUUCUCGUCCGGUGUCUUUUUUAGAGGAUGCGAAGGCCCCCGGCUUGAACGAUGGAGAACAACUGUCGUCCUCGCCAUCACUCUCUUCGGAGUUAUCCUCGGCCGGGGAGCCUGCGUCUUCGCACGUGUCAUCUGAUCUGAGUAAUAAUGAGGUUUCACAGAACACCGUUGAUACUCGGGCGCUGGACGAGGCGAAGGCCCUAGAGGUCGAGCAGAUGCGCCGGCUGCUCUCGGAACAUCAGGAAGGCGUUAGUAUCAUGUCGCAGAAGUAUGCCCAAUUGCAAUCGGAGCAUGAGGGAACUCUCAGCCUCAUCGAGACACUCAAGGCUGAACUGCAGCGAUCGAAGAGUGCUUCACCGCCGACCACGCCAGGCUUCAAGUCCCCUGUGAUCCGAAGAAAGACAAGCCAAAGUUUGAUAGGCACUGUCGAUCGGGCUCACCGCUCCCUCGCCGCCUUGCGUAAUAUUGCAGUUGAGGAAUUCGACAGUCGCCCCGAUACGAUGCAGAACUUCGAAGUGCACCUCGACUCGGCUAUGCACGAGCUACACAACCGCAUGGAGCGAAUUCAGUCCCUGGAAGCCGAAAAUAUGAGCGUCAAGAAGGAGAUGGAAGUGAAAUCCACCAUCAUCUCCGGACUGACGCGCGAGAGGUCCAGCUUGCAGGGAGGUGCACCUUCGGUCGACAUGGGACUGGUCUCUCAGCUGCGUGACCAAGUGGUGCAGCAGGAGAACAUCAUCAAUGAGAUGAAGGAAGCCCACGACACGAGAGAGAAGCAGCUUCUCGCUGAGAUCGAAGAGUUGAAGAGUCUGCUCAAGAGCCAGGAAGCAGCUGCUAAGGCCCAAGAUGCAGGCGCUGAAGAGCAGGAUCGGAAGAUCAUUGCUCUAGCGGGCGAAGUGACGGAUUUGAAGAGCAAACACCAGAACGCCCUUGAAUCUCUCCAGUCGUCCGAACAGCAGCUGAGCGCGACAUUGGCCGAUCUUGACAGUGCCUUGGCCUCCGUCGAUGCCAUGCGCUCCGAACAAGAAGCUGCCGGUGAAGCAUCUGCAUCCAAGGAGGCUGCUGCUCGCGAGUUGGAGGCUGAACGGGCAGAGCAGGAGGAGCUUGUUGCCAAGCUGCACCAUGUUAUCGACGAACACAAGGCGACUUCUGCAGCCCAUCUCGAGAAAAUUGCGUCUCUUGAAAAAUCGUACAACGAAGCCCAGCAACAGCUGGCCGACAUCCUCGCCGCUAAGGAUAACGAUAGCAAUGCAGUUGAAGUGCACCAGUCCCAUGUGGUUGAGCUGGAGAAAGAGAUCGAGGCCCACAAGUCACUUGCUGACUCGUAUAAGAAGGACCUGGAGUCCUUGCAGGAGUCCCACAAGCAAGAAUUGACUGAGCUGGAAGCCCGGGCCACGGCUGCGGCGCAGGCUGGGUAUGAAUCGCAUUUCACUGCGGUUAACUCGGAGCAUGACGAGGCUAUGAAGACUUUAAGAUCGGAGAUCGUCGAGUCGCGGGACGAGCUGACGAAGAUGCUCACUAUGGUCUCCAACCUUCUCAACUCCAAUGUUACCGCCGACAAUAUGGCAGACCAGAUCCAGGAGGUUUUGACGCAGAAGCAGUAUUUCUCCGACAAGUACGCCGAGCUCAUGGAUGCGAAUGAGGAUCUCCGCAAGCAGCUUGAGACUAAGGGAUCGGAUGAUGGCCGCCUGGACGAACUCUUGAAGAGCAACUCCACCAAAGAAGCCAAGGUGAACGAACUGGCUCUGUUGGUUGCCACACUCGAGGAUACUCUGCUGCAGAAGGAAGAACAGGUCAAGAAGAAGGAUGCGAUCAUCGCGGAGGUCCAGGCCGAGAAGGAGAAGAGCGUCCGCUUAGUGGAGGAGCUCGAGGAACAGAUUACCAAUAGCUUCGAUCAACACCACAACCGUCUUUCUGUCAUUCAACAGGAGCGCGACCAGGCUCUGGAGGAUGCCAAGGUGAAGAUUGCGACUUACGAGAAGGAUAUCGAAACGUAUCGCCUGCGGAUCGAGCAGCUCGAGCUUCAGAUUAAGAACCAGGACAGCUCGCAUGAUCGCAGCAGCUCGAUCACGUCCAAUCUCCGUAAGAGCUCGUCGGCAACCUCUCUUCCUUCCCCUCCUCCCGCGAUUCCCCUGCCUCCUCUGCCGUCCAUCGCUUCCGCCGCCAACGGCACCGGCAGCAUCUCCCCUCCCAGUUCGCGCCACACUAGCAAGGACCUGGCAAACACGCAGAUCGUCGAGGACCAGGAGGCCCGCAUUCGUACCAUCGAGAAGCACCUCAACGCCGAGAAACAGCUCACGGCGACCCUGGAAGAAGCCCUCGGGGAUCUCGAGGCGCAGAGCAACAAGGUCAAGUCGGACUGUGAUGCCUGGAAGAAGAAGGCACGCGAGCUAGAAGAAGAGAUGACCACGCUCCGCAAGGAGCGCGCCUCCCAGCGCCUGUCGUUACAGGCCGUCGAAGAGGAAAGAAAUGCUCGUCGGGAGGCUGAAGCCGCCCGCGCGCAACUUGAGGAGCGCAUGAAUGCGCUCAAUAAGAAGAAGAAGAAGAGCACCCUCAACUGCUUCUAA